AUGGCAGAGAGUAGCUCCAGUUUUAGUGAUAAUACUUCAGCAUUUUCGGUGAAAGGCUCGAAAAGAAAAACUAGAAAUGAAAGUGAAAAACGACGACGCGACACUUUCAAUCGGUUAAUUGGUGAAUUGACAUUAUUAGUUGGGAAAGGUGAUCGUAAAAUGGAUAAAAGUAACGUACUAAAAUGCGCAAUUAAUUUCCUCAAACAACAACAUUGUUAG